AAUUACCAGACGUCGAAAGGGUGACAAGCCGGAUACUAGGCAUGCAAGGAGCAGACGAAGUCCACUCCAAAUUGGUCCUUAAAUCAACUCCAUUUUGGCCCGUGGAAUGACUGUCAGUGAAAAGUGUUCUCAGUCGGAUACUCCUUUAUGAAAAACACAGUCCAUCAUUCAGCCACUACUUGUCAGUUCUGCUCUGUGAGUGAAUACACCGCCGUUGCCAGGUCAACCUUAGUCAGCCACCCGUAUUCUUGAAGCUCUGCUCCUGACACGGCAAAAACAAACAAGGCACCCUUGACAUGGAGCAACCCAUGGACCAAGGGAUGGAGGAGGGUAGCAACAACGACAUGUACAACACCCUGGCCAACUUCAGCAUCGAGAAGAAGAUCGGCAAGGGCCAGUUCAGUGUGGUCUACAAGGCCAAGUGUCUGGUGGACAACAGAAAUGUGGCUCUCAAGAAAGUCCAGAUCUUUGAGAUGAUGGACGCCAAGGCCAGACAAGACUGCAUCAAGGAGAUCGACCUCCUAAAACAACUAAACCAUCCCAAUGUUAUCAUGUACUUAGCAUCUUUCAUUGAAAACAACGAGCUGAAUAUUGUACUAGAAUUAGCCGAUGCAGGGGACCUGUCCAAGAUGAUCAAGCAUUUCAAGAAGCAGAAACGUUUGAUCCCGGAGAGGACAAUUUGGAAGUAUUUCGUGCAGCUGUGUAGCGCACUGGCACACAUGCAUUCCCGCAGAGUAAUGCACAGAGACAUCAAGCCAGCCAAUGUGUUCAUCACGGCCACAGGUGUGGUCAAGCUGGGUGACCUGGGCCUGGGGCGGUUCUUCAGCUCCAAGACGACUGCCGCCCAUUCCCUCGUCGGGACACCGUACUACAUGUCUCCGGAACGCAUCCAUGAGACCGGCUACAACUUCAAGUCAGACAUCUGGUCAAUAGGUUGCCUGCUGUAUGAGAUGGCCGCUUUGCAAUCACCCUUCUAUGGGGACAAGAUGAACUUAUACUCUCUGUGCAAGAAAAUCGAGCAGUGCGAUUACCCCCCACUACCAUCCGAUAUCUACUCACAUGAGAUGGCAGCCCUUGACUCGCCGUUUUAUAGCGAGGGCCUGGAUUUGUGGACGCUGUGCGAGAAGAUUGACAAAUGUGAAUAUCCUCCCCUGCCUUCCUAUUUCUCCAACUGUCUGCGGACUCUCGUGCAGCUGUGCAUCCAGCCCAAUCCAGAUGAUCGACCGGACAUUGACUACGUCCACACCAAGGCCCAAGAGAACCACACCGCCUCCCUCGGAGUAUGAUGGCCGAGUUAUCACCAGACAGUCUCGCUAGUUAUUACUUGGUCUUUUUUUUUUCAGCAAGGGUUCCUAACACGUGGAGUCUCUUACAACAUCAAUUCACUGCAAGUUGUUACCCCUUAUUCCACAUCUGGACCAACGUUCUUGUCUAUUUCGACUAUUGCUUGGGGGACAAAUGACUUCAUACUGCAUGAGUGUCAUUAAUUGUGCUCAGCAUAGUCAGCAGUUUUUAUGUUUGAAGCUCAUCUGUGGUAUGUGGUGCAAUAUCUGCAUUAUCCACUUAUUUCCAGGAUCAAUAGCCAGAUCCUUCAAGCAUUUUGUUGAAGUGCUGGUCUGUAGAGUACCAAUGUGAGUACAUCAUGCGCACAAUUCACGUAUGGAAAAGUCGUAAGCAUGAGAACCAGCGCAUGAACCAACACACGGGCAUACUCGGUUUGUACGGCACCUCCUGGUUCUAAAUAACAUCACUCUUUGAUACUGUUCCUAAUGUACAUGUAUACUGGUCUGUGCAUGGAUAGCUGCAGUGAAUUGCUUGUUAAGUUGAUAGUUUUAUGCAAUUUUGGGGCAUGACGCUUUUUAGUGCGCCUCAACCACAAAAGGCUGGCAGACAAUCAGUUCCUAUUGUGCCAAGUUCAAUGCAUUUACAUAUCAUUUACCUUAUCCUCGUGAAUAGUGCACUUUUAAAGAAGUAUUACAAUGCACGAAGUACAUGUAUCAUUCUUUCUAAAAUAUUCCAUGAAAAGCUGUUCCUUUAUUUCAGGCCCAGUAUUGUUUGCUGAUGUGAAAUAAACAAUGGAGCAUGUUUCUUUUUUUUUUUCUUUUUUUGUUCCAGUGGAGGAGUGGAAUUGAAGAAGUGCAUUAUAAAAGUGAUACGAUGUCUAAUGCUGUGUAAAUAUCAGUUGUAAAUAAUGUGUGAAGAUAAUUAUGUACAUGCGACUGUAGAGGGUUAGGUAAUUACCGCAAAUGGUCAGGGGUGUCAACGGGAUUGCAGGCGAUGUACAGGACUCCAGGAUGCGAGAACAAUAGCAGUACAAGCAGUAGUGGGCAAAUCAAAUUUCUGAGAAGUGACUGAACUUUCUCUGGAAGUUAGGAAUAAAUUUUCCACAUCAGUCUCGUGGAAGUUUAUUUGUUUCAGGCAACUCCAGAGCUCUCCCGCCUCCUCCCAUUUCCCGGGAAUUUGUGAGAAUUCAGGCUUUUUUCUGGAGUUGUCAGUCUACUCCUCACCAGAAGAGCUAAUGAGACAAUUUGAUAUAUCUGCAUCGUCCAUUCCCCCCCCCCUCCAGCCUAUCUCAUGAAUACCCCAGACUGUGCACCUACUAUGACGUACAGUAAUAAUGUAAAAGUUAUUACCGUACCUCAUACGUAUUCAUGAUUGAGAGCCGAAGUUUCACUGGUCUGUUCAUCAUUUACCAUUUGCUAUUUUGUGGCUGUUUACCAGGCACUCAUGCAAGGAUCCUAACCCAAGUCAAAGAUCAUUGCAUAUUUAGUAAAUACUGUUUUGCAAGAACAUCUAUUGGAAAUCGUUGCCCAGGAGCGGUAUGCAUGUGCAGGGAUCACCCUAGCUACGCUACACUCUACACAUGCAAAUGAAAGAUGGCGGCACACAUACAUGUUGAGCACUUUAAAAAGAUGCCUGAAAUAAUGGCAAACAAAUGUGUAUGAGGUAUGCUUAAAACAAAAAUAACACGGUUGAUUUCAGGUGGAUAGUCAGUGUUAGCUCUCUUUGGUAGUUAUCAAACUAGCUCCCUUAACUUCCAGUAUUUUAUUCCAUAUUUCUGUACUGUACUCACUACAUGUAUUGCUGUCUUUACCCUCAGAUUAAUAAAAAUCAUGUAUUGACAAAUCUGAAGUUGCAGUUGCCCUUUCUCUGGUAAUAUUUGUGCAGAUGUACAUGGAGCUUCAAUAAUAGGUUUCCCUUCUCAAGCAUCCACUUCAAAGUAAAGUAGUAUUUCAUGUACAGUGUAUACAUGUAGUGUAUUAGGCAUGAGGGAUUUAGUAUACAUUUAUCAGUUUUACAUUCAGUAGUCCAGUGAAAAGUUUUAAAACUUGACUUUCCUCAAAAGCUUGUUAUUUCUAAAGCAAAGUGUAUGAUACCUGAUGUUUAACUGCAACAAUUUGCACUUUCCAGUGAGAGUUACUCAAGCAGAAUCUGUGUUCACAUUCCUGAUCAAUAUUCUUUGCAUUAUCCGAUUCUGAGAUACAAAACUCCAGCUGUUACAUCUCACAGAGUUUUGCUUUGUUGAUAACCAAUAACUUCUCUGGCUCUUUUAGCUGUCUCUGUUUUCCUCAAGCUUACCUUUGACCUUUCUUCUUUAGCAGAAUGAUGGAAUAUUUGCAUAUGCAUGUAGUGCCUUUACUGACAACAUAUGCAGGAGAUGAAAAUCUCAACCCCUGAUUAUAGUCAUACUUUAUAUGAAAUAUAGUAUCUGUAUGGUGAAAUAUGUACUGACAUGUGGUAGUUAUUUAAGUAGAUACCAGACAACUAUGGAGAAUUCAUCUUUGAAGUGAUCUUGCGUGAGGAUGCCGCACCUUUGUAGUGUAACCAUUCUUGGUGGUAAUAUGGAUCCAUUACUAGAGGAUUAUGGUGAAUUUUUGCAGUGAUUCUUUUUCUGUGUGAAAUGACGACAAGUAUUCCUUAUCAGACUGUUGUGCUUAGAAUCAGAGGUUACAGGAAACCAGACCUUGUAGGAUGUUGUGUUGCAGUAUUUACUGCAAUCGUGGAGGUUGAUUGCCAUGUGCAAGCGAAUACAUGUGUAUAAAGUUUUGUUUAUCUUUUGGUUGGAAGAAAUGAUCUCAAGAGGAUCGAUCAGUCAACAGUCCUCUAGACUUUGGCUUUGAGGAAAGGAUCUCUUGGAAAGUAAUUUCCUUAGAACUAAAUCAUUGAAAAUUUGGCCAGCCAUAAAAAGUGCAUUCCCGAUUUCUACCUAAACAUUUCUGUUAAAGUAAAGUUUUCAUUAUUCAGAUGUUAAAAACAGCUGAUCAUAAGAAUCUGUCCAAGACUUUCAAAGUGCUUUUCUUUAUUAACUUAUAUAUGUUUGACUAAAAUUUGAAUGAUUUGAAUAUAGAUUUAUUCUAAUGACGACACUGUAUUUGAGUUAUUACAGUAUACCUCUUUGGUUUUUUAUGGUUUGACAUUAAUGCGUGGAAUGAUGUUGUGAUUAUAUUUAUUGCCAUGAAUAGCUACAAAUAAUAAAAGUCACAGAUAAAUUUUGGAGAAAUCUGUGUGGGAAAAUA